GACAGUGAGUUUUGGAAUGUUUUAGUCUUCAUCGAUUAACUAUAGUUCAUGAUCAUAACUUGAUUUUCUUUUUAGACAGAUGGGUAUCAAAAGACUGGUUGCUUCAACAUCCAUUGUGCUGGUUUCAUCCAAACAAGUGAAAGGACGACACCAGGCCUAGUUUACACCCUAAGCAACAUGGUACUCAGUAUAUUUAAGGAUCCAAAAACGUCUAAUUGGAUGCUGGUCAAUGACAAAGAAUGGAUUGGCUAUUGGCCGAAGGAGAUCUUCAACAACUUGGCUGAUUCUUCUCAGAUUCAACUGAGUGCGACAGCUAGCUCUCCUACGGAUCAGCCUAGUCCUCCGACGGGCAAUGGGGAACUUGGAGGAGCAUCUUUUAAGAACAUCACCGUUUUGAAUGGGGAGCUUAAUCCAUACCCGCCAUAUGUCCAGCAUGCAGAAACGUUCCUUGAUAUUGGCAAACCCUUCUAUGAAGCCAUAUACAAUGUCGAUUCUGGCUUGUUCUAUGGUGGGCCAGGAGGAUGGAAGCCAGAGCCACAGAAUCCUCCGAGUUCAAUUUCUCAUCGUUAGAAUAAUUUUUAUCAUUGAAUUUGAAUUGUUACAAAUAAAAGAAAUAUAUUUCUA